AUGGAUACUAACCAGCCAGUUGUUGAUAUUGUUGAUAUUGAUGGUGUUGUGGAUAUUGGGAGCUCUAGCCCGGAAAUCGAGGAACAUAGGAUCCCGAUUCCCCUAACCAAUGCGAAAACAUCUCCUCUUACAACACUCCAUAUUGAGUAUAUUGAUGAUCUGCCGGAGUAUCCAACUAGCCAUUUUCAAGGAUAUACCUAUGUUGUUGCAUCAAGAGGACGCUCACAGGCUGAAAUGGAGCAGAUUGCACAUGAAUUACUAAGCGCUUAG